GGCCAGCUGUCAUUGUUUGAAAUGCCAACUGCCAUUCUUUCAUUGGUCAGACUGCUAACUGCCAUGUUCUCAUUGGUUGACUACUAACUGCCAUGCUCUCAUUGGUCAGGCUGCUGUCAUGUUCCAUUGAUUGAAAUGCUAAUUGUGAUGGACUAUAACAUAACUUCUACAAGUAUCUCAUUCUGGAUCUGUCCACAAAGAAUCAAGCCACCAAGAAUCUCACCAACAACAGUUGACCUCUUUGAGUUUGGAAUGACGGAGGCAGAAUAGACCAAACUUUCGGACAGGCUGACAGUACCGUGAGAGACUUCAAUCGUCUUGACGUAGUACCGAGUGGAGUACCCGCCGUCUCCGGGCGCCAGUGAAGAUGUUGCCGAGACCGAGACCGUGGGUCGCCGCGCUGCUGUGCCUGUGGGCCCGCCUGGCGUGCUGCAACCAGCACAAACCCGACAACGCCGCGAACAGACUAACGGAGGAACACAUUCCGCGCGAGCUCAGGGCUUGGACAUGGGCGAACGGCCCUCUACCGGACCUUGCAACCGAGGAUGUUUUAGAGGUUGUGGAAACCGAUUUUUCGGGGGAAGUAGAGGAGGAACACAACACGUCCUGCGGACCAGACUGCGAGAAAACCCUCCCCACACCUUCUCUCAGCGAGUUCAACGACUACCUUUCGUACGAGACUCUCUUUGAGAACGGAACCAGCGUGUUCACCAAAGUCAGAUGGAGCGAGGUACCCGAAGCCGAAAAGGAGAUCAGGAGAGAAGUGAAAGAAAUGGCUGAGAAGGCGAGGAGAAAGAAGCGGCAGAUUUUCGGUGUGGACACCAGGUUUAACAUCCUGGGUGAGGAGUACCUGACGCAUUUCCCGUUUAGCGCAGUCGUGAAGCUGUCCACGGGGUGUACCGGCGUGCUCAUAUCGGAGAAACACGUGCUCACGGCCGCACACUGUAUACACAACGGCAAAAGGUACGUGAAAGGCCGGAAGUCUAUGAAGAUCGGCUUCAUCGUGUCGCAGCCUUACAACGAGACGAUGCGCAUGCACCGGGACUCGGAGUGGAGAUGGAUCAAGGUCAAGAAGACGCAGAUUCCCGCCGCCUGGAAGAAAAUCAGGAACAGGGAGAAGGCCGUCAUCCCCGACAAAGACAAAGAAACGAAGACAAAGAAACGAAAGACCAAAAGCCGCAGCCGACGUGAGGUGGACGAAGAAGACAAUCCGGAAAUUGAGGCCGUCAAGUAUGACUACGCGGUUGUGGAGCUGAAAGAAUCGACAGACCGCCCAUAUAUGGACAUCGGCGUCAGUUCUGCAGUUAACACGGCGCCCGGUAGGCGGAUCCAUUUCACGGGGUUCGACAACGACCAGGAGGACAGGCUGCUUUACAGGUACUGCAGUGUGAUGGAGAACACCGCUGACGUCCUGUACCAGCACUGUGACGCUCAGCCCGGCACUUCCGGUGCGGGUAUCUACAUCCGGAACUGGAACGACACUGUGCACAAGUGGCAGCGGAAAAUCAUCGGCGUCUUUUCAGGUCACCAGUGGGUGAACCAGGACGGCGCACCACGUGACUACAACGUGGGCACGCGCAUCACGCCUCUCAAGUUCGCACAGAUCUGCUUCUGGACCAAAGGAGACUACAACCUCUGCCGGGAGGGGUACUGAACACGCUCCAACAUCGCUCCAACCAAGGACGUUCUACAGAAGGACUGACAACAGAAUUAGUUUCCUUUCAACAAGGACGUUCUACAGACGUCCUUGUAGAAUGUCCUUGCUCCAACGUA